AUGAAGAUCUCCAACCUCGCCGGUGCCGUCUUGGUGGCCGCCGCUUCCGUCCAGGGCCAGUACGUGUGGACAGAGCCCACCAGCAAUGUGACUUUCAAGAUCGCCAUCCCCGAAGCUACGGCGGCGCCGUUCGACCUGGCGCUGUCCAUCAUCGCUCCGGUGGCUACGGGCUGGGCCGGUUUCGCGACCGGCGGGUGCAUGCUCCGGAGCCCGCUCUUGAUUGCGUGGAAGAACGGAGAUGGCGUUAUGGUCUCGCCACGCUGGGCCAGCGCCUACCACCCCCCGGAGCUGUACAACGGCACCAAGGCGGCCGUCUACUCGGGCUCGACGGCAAACGAGACUCACUGGGUGGCCAACAUCCUCUGCACCGGCUGCAGCAGCUGGGCCGGCUUCGAGCUCAACCCUGCGGGCAAUGUGACCUUCGGGUGGGGCGUCAGCAGCCACGCCGUCGACACGCCGUCCGACCCGGCCGCCUCGAUCCGCUUCCACGACGUCGGCAAGGACCACUUCGAGGUCGACCUUACUGCAGCCCGCCUGGCAAAGGCGGACUUCGACGCCCUGCUCGAGUCCUUCGGCGAUGCGCCCAAGCCGACAACUGGGAUGGCGGCGAGAUAG